AAUAAAAAUGACAAUCUGAACUAAAGGAAAUUCAGAUUGGAGUUGACACUUGACUGACUUGUCAAAACAUUGAUAAUUUGAUUAAAUAACUAGGUUAUAGCUAACUUAUUGUAAUUAGUUUUGGAAGAUAAAGAUUAAUACAACACUCUGGUUCUGUGGUGUGAUGUGCUGAAUUCCAAUGUCAUUGAACUGUGCAUCUUGUACGAAAUCUCAGACACUUGAUUCAGGUGGAAAUGUGCCCUAUUAUAAACCAAUGAAAGUGAUAAAUCUACUAAUAUAGUUAGCAAUAAAAUCCUUACAGGGUGAAUAUGCAUAAGGCCUCGAAGUCCGGCUCCCAGAGCUUUGGCAGUCAGGAGAGCAACAAUGGACGAUUCGGUGACAUUGUGUUGCAGCCAGACACCACCAAGUAUAAACUUCAUGCCGUCAUAGGUAAAGGAUCCUUUGAAAAUGUUACUGUUCACCUAGCCCAACAUAUCCCUAGUGGACAGAAAAUAGCAAUAAAAUGUAUUGAUAUUGAAAACAGCCCUGUGGAAUUCAACAUUUUUCAGGAUGAAGUGAUUCUAUGCAGACAGAUGUGUCAUGAAAACAUCGCCAAGUAUCUGUGUACUUUCGUCCAUAACAAUGAGCUGUGGAGCGUGAUGCCUCUCCUCGGAUAUGGGUCAGCUCGAGAUGUUUUACACGCCUAUUUUAAGACUGGUCUGCCAGAGACAGCAAUAGCCUACAUCCUGCGGGAUGUACUGAAUGCGCUCGAAUAUCUCCAUCACCGAGGAAUCAUACACAGGAGCGUGAGGGCAAGCCAUGUUUUGAUUGGUGGCAAUGGCAGUGUGUGUUUAUCAGGCCUACGCAAAGUCUACCACAUGUUCCAUCAUGGCAGGAAGUGGAACCAGGUUCAUAACUACCCCGAGGCCUGUAGUGCCGACUUGCAGUGGCUCAGUCCAGAAAUCCUUGAGCAGAAUUUGUCAGGAUAUGACACAAAAUCAGACAUAUACAGCCUCGGAAUCACAAGUUGGGAGCUGGCCAAUGGUUAUCCUCCGUUUGAGGACAUGCCAGUGACUCAGAUGCUGCUUGAGAAAGUGAAUGGUACUAAGCCAAUGCUGCUGGACUGUACAACCAUCUCAGACCUCACUGGAGAGGAGCAUGCUCAACACAAUGCGGAGCUGGAGAAUGGCGGAAUUGAUAUUGUUGCCUUAGCAAAGGCUCGUAAAUUCUCCUCCCAUUUCCAUAGCUUGAUUGACAGGUGUUUAGAGAAGAAUCCAAAGUGCAGACCUUCAGCUGAGGGCUUGUUAUCAGAUCCAAUGUUUAAACACCUGAAGAAGAGGUCCUCAGAGGCACUGCCAAAUCUCCUACAGCCACUGACGCCAAUAAACCUGGCUAACCUAGCCAAUGUUUCUGACGAUAAAGCAGUAGAUUCUGUGAUAAACUCGAUGGAGCAGAUGGAUGUGACAGAGGAAUGGAGUUUCUGAAGGCCACAUGAACCUAUACAUCUGUGUUGUGUGUCUGUGCGUGUGUGUGUGUUAAUGUGUACGUGUUGUGUAGAUGUGAGAGGGAGAGGUUUUAUUUUUCAUACGCUGCAGCAGUUGCAUGGGUUACAUAAAUUUGAUACUGGGUUCUGUAUACAAAAAAAAAAACCCACACACACACACUUUUUCUGUAUCAGCAAAUAUACAAAAUGUUUAACAAUUCUUCAUAAUGUAUGUCAUUUUAUUAUUAUUAAAGGCUUGUUAUCAAAAAUACUA